AUGGAACACCGAAGCCGACCCAGGACCAAAGGCCUGGGGAGAAUUCCUGGAACUCAGCCUCGAAACCCCAGGGUCCCAUUCCCCCUACUUGUGGAGCAGGAGGCCAGGGAAGGAGAAGAAUGGGAGCAGAGAGAUGUACAUCGUCAGCGGACUCCUGUCUACAGCCCAGUAGAAAGUGAGGAGUUGACCGACAGUGUUGCAGUUUCCAAGCCAGCACCCUAUUGGGAAGGAGUAGCUGUGAUAAAUGGAGAGUUUAAAGAGCUGAAGCUGACCGAUUAUCGUGGAAAGUACCUGGUUUUUUUCUUCUAUCCACUAGAUUUCACUUUUGUGUGUCCAACUGAAAUCAUCGCCUUCAGUGAUAGAAUUGAAGAGUUCAGAUCAAUAAACACAGAAGUUGCUGCAUGUUCUGUUGAUUCGCAGUUUACCCAUUUGGCCUGGAUUAAUACACCUCGGAAACAAGGAGGUCUUGGGCCAAUCAGGAUUCCCCUUCUUUCAGAUUUGACACAUCAGAUCUCCAAAGACUAUGGCGUGUACCUGGAAGAUGCUGGCCACACUCUUAGAGGCCUCUUCAUUAUUGACGACAAAGGAAUCCUAAGACAAAUGACCCUGAAUGAUCUUCCUGUGGGUAGGUCAGUGGAUGAGACCCUGCGUUUGGUUCAAGCCUUCUUGUACACUGACAAACAUGGAGAAGUGUGCCCUGCUGGGUGGAAGCCCGGUAGCGAAACAAUCAUCCCAGAUCCAGCUGGAAAACUGAAGUAUUUCGAUAAACUCAACUGA